CUCCAAAUCCCCAGGAUAAAUCCAGUUACUCUAUUAAAAUUAACUAAUGUCUAUUUUAACGUUAAUUAGUGUGGGCCAAGAAUCGCUAAGACAAAAGGAAAUAAAUGAAAUGAGAAAGAUUAAGUUACUUUCUGUGAGAAACAUUUGAUACUGUUGAUAAUGAGAUAGGACAGUAUGACCGUCUUAUGUGAGCCGUACACCGAUUUGACCUAGAGAGGAAGAAGAAGAGAAUGAUGAUGAUGAUGAUGAAGGAUGAGGAGGGAAAAAGCAGAUACAGUGAGCAGCGAAAAAAGUGAGAACCGGAAACAAAGGACUUGAAAAAAUCAAACAAAUAUAACAGUCAUUUCAUUUUUUGGUUUCACAGACUUUUAUAUCAUAAAUUGAACGAUGCUACUUUAAUACGAAUAACUUUGUGUGUGUAUAAACAGGUGAAUUGAUAGUUAUCAAUAUUUGAUUUUAUAUUUGUAUUUGAUGAUUAUUUCAUAAAUAUCAGUCAACUGUAACAAUUACUAGAUAUUAUUAGACUAAAGUUUUGCUAACCAAAGGAUAUCCUUGUGUAUGCCGAGGAGUGAGAGUCAAGUUGAAACUUGUCUCAAUAGAUGAUGUAAAAUAGUCGAGACUUUACUGACCAAUGUAAUACGUUUAAACACUCAUCGAUACUAGAUAACGCAAUUUGGUUGGCUCAUUUGAUCAACUCGUCAAUGGAAUGAUGAGUCAAAGAUUUAAUGAUUGUCCAAUAUAAUCUUAAAUAUUUUCAUUGUGAUUUUACUCCAAUUUUUUUACCAGUUUUCAAGUUAAUUUGUUUGCCUUUUACAUAUUGUUGAAAUCAUCUUGAAAUGAAUAAAUGUCUAUUUCAUAUUUUUAUCACCUUUGCCUGCUUGUGUUACACCAGUUUGUAUCUUUCAUUGAUUGUGAAUGGUGCCUUGCUACCUCCAAGUCUUCGUAUUCUUGAACCAUCCAAUAUACCCAAUAAUUCUUGGAAAACCUUUAAAUCAGGAAUUAAUUCAACGAAUAUACCUUCAGGAAGCAAAAUUCAUUUGCGUUGUGAUGGAGUUAAGCCAUUGGUUUGGAAGUAUCCUGAAAAUAUUGUGGAUGAAUCAAUUUCAAUGGAAAACCUUAUUAAAAUCAAUAAUAAGUGUCAACCCGAUACUUAUAGAUCUGGUAAAUCGUUAUGUUAUAGUGAAUUAAUUCUUACCAACGCAACUUAUGAACAAACUGGAGCUUAUACUUGUUUGUAUAGUGGUAUACAAAAUGUCGGGAGAUCUGUUUAUUUUUUUGUUAAUGAUCCUGAUUGUUUAUUGGUGCCGUUUGAAGGCAAUCCAUCGUAUAUUUUGGUAUCGUUUAUUCAAUCUCAACCAGCAACAAUUCCAUGUAUACCAACAAACUCUGCAACAAAUGUUACUCUAUGGAAAACUUAUGCUGAAGGUGGACCUCAGAUGAUUGAAGUCGGUGAAAAUACUGGUGUAACAUUUGACCCAACCUCUGGCUUUCAUUUUGAUAAACCAAAAUGGGAUUCCGAGUCAUCAUCAUUAAAGUGUUUAGCUAUUUUAGACGAUAAAGAGGAAGACAUGUUAGUGACUAUUCACUGGUCAAUUGAGCCAAUCUAUGGCAUAAGACCAAUAAUAAAUACUGAUGAUUUUGUUCACAUCAAUGGGACUUUUAGUUUAACUUGUAUCGCUCAUAUUGAAGUUGGUAUUUUAAUCACCAUGGCUUGGAGUUAUCCAGCCUUACACACAGAACCAGCCUUUUCAUCAUCUGAGGAAAAUUACAGAAUAAUUGAAAGUGAAUCCGUGACUCACAAGAAUGGCGAAGGAUCCUAUGAAACAGUUUCACGCAAAUUAACAGUGAUCAAUGUGACAGCCGAAGACGAGGGUAACUAUUAUUGUAAUGUAACAGAUGCUCAAGGUAGACUAUAUACCGAUGUUAAGUACAUAACUGUUUACAAUCAAAGCUUCCAAGCAUUUGUAAACUUUUCAACGGCUUUAAGCAAAACUCAUUUCUUGGUCAAUGUUGGCGAAACCUUAAAAUUAGUGGUCAACGUUCAUGCCAUUCCCGACAUCUCAUCGGUUCAACUAGUUUGGUUUAAAGAUGGAUCACAGUUGGGUUUAGCAAAUAGAGAUAAAGACACGGGUAAAGAAGAUUCCAAUGUGAAAAAUCCAUUAUCCACACAAUCGACUAAUCCAAUAAAGCUUAGAAUCGAUCAUAAUCAAGCAAUUCUGACAAUAGCUAAAUUAAGCAUGAAAGACACUGGUGUUUAUACUCUUGUUGGAAACACUACUGACAUGUCGACUGAAAUAUCAAUAGUUGUUGAAGUGAAGGGACAACCUUAUAUUGAAAUAAUCAACUCUCAGCGAUUUUUCCAUCAAAACUCUUCUUACAAUUUAACUUGUGCGGCAAUAGCAAGUCCAUUGCCAGUGAUUUCUUGGUCAUUUUUCCCAUGUAAACCAUCUCUCUGUGGGCAAACUUCACGACUAACCUCAGCAUAUGGACAAUGGAUCAAUCCUUUAGAUGAACGACCAAAUAAUGAAUCCAUCAUCAGUACAGUUCAAUUUUCAAAAAACAAAACCGAUCCCAUCACAAAACCAUAUUCAGUUCAAUCCAUCUUAAACAUUGAAUAUGCCAAUAAAAGUGGAAUCUAUCGAUGUUAUGGUGAGAAUGCAAACGGAACCAGUCAUGUCGAUAAAUAUUUUAUCGUGACAACUGCAGGUUCAGAAGGUUUCGAUAUUAAUGUCAAUGCAAGUGAAGCUGUUGAGGAAGACGAUAUUAUGUUGACCUGUCAAGCCUCCAUUUAUAAUUACACCAAACUAGACUGGUACAAAAAACCGACCCGAGAAGCUUACUCAUCUCUAAGAAUGAUGUUCAAUGUAACUGACCAUGUAGUCAUUUCAUCUUACAUUCAUCAAGAAUCAACUCUGAUAAGUACAUUGUUGCUGUUGAAAAUUGACCCUUCCGCUUCUGGUACAUAUUAUUGUAAUGCUACACUAAGAAAUGCCAAUGGAAACCAAUCACCGCCAGUCGUAGCCAGUCAAUCACCAACAUCACACGUUCCGUUUGAGACGAAAGAAUUGAAUAUAAUUGUUGAACCCAUAAGUAAACCCAGAUUGGUUAAAACAAAUAUGGUCGAUAAAUUGGCGACUGUUUAUCCUUCAAUGAUGAAUGAAUUUUACUGUUAUGUCACUGGAAAACCAAAACCAACUAUUGAAUGGCUUAAAAAUGGACGCUAUUUCAAUACCACGGGCAUGUUUGGUGUAGAUUUAGUUGAUGAUGGGCAACGCUUGGUUAUUCAUCGACUUGUAACCAGUGAUUCGGGUAAAUACCAGUGUAAAAUAUCCAAUCGCGGGGGAACUUUGAAUGUUUAUUCAUCUCUGAAAGUUCUUGGAGAGGCGAGCGAUGGUUUAAGCCUUGCAAAUAUAAUGGCUAUAGCAACCUUUCUCGUUGUUGCUCUCGUCUUGGUUUUCAUUGCUUUUGCAAUUGGUAAACGUAUUCGAGAAGAUCGUAAAAGACAGAUUGAAUUUUUCACUGCCAAUCUAUUUAAUCCGUCGCCAUUGGACUCUUUCGAUCCCGAAUUACCAUUGGAUGAACAAGUUGCUUUAUUAUCUUAUGAUUCUCGUUGGGAGUUUCCUGAUAACAGGCUAAAAAUGUUGCGAACGCUUGGUGAAGGUGCUUUUGGUCGGGUCAUUUUAGCCGAGGCUGUGGGUCUUGGUGAAUCUGGUGACUCUCAAAUGGUUGCAGUUAAAAUGUUGAAACCUAAUUCAGAUUACUCCCAGAAGAAGGCAUUAAUUGCUGAGCUUAAAAUUCUUAUACAUUUGGGUCGACAUUUAAACAUUGUCAACUGCCUUGGUGCUGUCACUAAGAACAUGGACCGAGGUAAACUCAUGGUUAUUGUUGAAUAUUGUCCUUAUGGGAAUCUCAGGGACUUUUUACGAGAACGAAGAGAAGGUUUUAUUGAUCAAAUUGAUCCAAUCACUCAACAAAUUGAUAGAAAGAGAGGUUUUCGCAGAUUGGACGAGAGCAUAUUUGAUAUCGCAAAAUCAACAGAACAAGAAACUGAUUCAAGGAUUCCAAGUGUUGUUAACAAUCCCUACUACUCCAAUAACAAUUUCAACUCCAACAAUCAAGCAGCUUUGAUUGAAAGUGUUCGUUAUGCUAACAUUAACUCCGACUACUCUGGUAAUUCAGUACAAAUUAUUACUCAAGCUAACAAACACGGCAUCAAUAGCUCAACUGAAAAAAUCGAUCCUGGAGAUUAUCAUCAAGUAACUACAUGCGAUUUAAUUGCCUUUGCUUUUCAAGUAGCUAGAGGAAUGGAGUAUCUUGAACAAAAAAGGCUUAUUCAUCGUGAUUUAGCGGCAAGAAAUGUCUUGGUCGCUGAAAAAGGUGUUGUCAAGAUUUGUGACUUUGGUUUAGCCAAAAAUAUCCAACAGGACGAUAAUUAUGUUAAGAAAGGAGAUGCACCAUUGCCUAUUAAGUGGAUGGCAAUUGAAUCUAUUGGUGAUCGGAUAUUCACUAUUAAAUCUGAUGUUUGGUCUUUUGGAGUUCUUUUGUGGGAAAUUUUCACCUUGGGUAAAUCACCUUAUCCGGGUAUUCCGGCUGAUCAACAUUUCUAUGAGCAAUUGGUUAAAGGAUACCGCAUGGAACAACCUGAUAAAUGUCCUCAAAAUGUUUAUUCAAUGAUGAAUGAUUGUUGGCAUUCCAAUCCAGCCAACAGACCCAAUUUCACCCAACUUGCAAAUAGAUUGGGAAGUUUAAUUGAGGAUUCUGUAAGAAAUUACUAUCUAGAGCUUAACAAUCCAUACCAGGAAGCAAACAAAGCCAUGAUUACUGAUGAAGAUGCUGGUGAAGAAAUAAAUUAUCUUGCGAUGAAUGGACCUUGUGAUGACUAUGAAAAUAUGUCUCCAAUGGAUCGACCCUCUUCAGACCCUUUUGAUCAUUAUGAUGAACUAAACUCCAUUCGUCCUCUUCAGAAGGCUCAUACUAGUCCAAUGGAAAUCGUUCCUAUGAUUCAUUUUGAUAGUUAUGAGGAUGGAACUGGUAAGGUGAAUGCUGAAGAAGACGGUGUUGGGUCAAAUUAUCUCACAAUGGAUGUUCAAUGUUUAUCCAAUUAUCUUGAAUCGCCAUCAUCUCCUUCAUCGACCUCAUCUCCUAAAUCAUUCCCUUCAAUGCCAAAUUAUAAUCUAGUCAUAGAUCAACCAGCGUAUGCUAACUUGUCCGCUGUAACCUGUAAAUUGUGACCAAUCAAAUGAUGAAAAUCUAAUACGAAAGGUGGGAAUUACAAUUAGAGAAAUUUCUUUUCUCAACUCAUACAGAACUACUUGAUAUUAUGAAAUGGACAUUAAAUUUUUAACACAAUAUUUGAAUACGACAAACAGAAAUAACAAAACUGUAAAUCUAAAUGGAUUGAGUUUUCACUUAUGCUGAACUCAAAUAAACUAAUCAUGUCAAAACUGAUCAAUGCGAGUUCGUUAUCAGUCAAUGAAAUAAAGUAUGAUAUCAUAUAUUGCUAUUUAUUAAAUACAUCUUUAUUAAAAUUGA